AUGGAGAUGCCCAACCAGCCGAUUGGCCAAUUUCAAGAAAUUCUUCGUGCAGAGCUGAAGAAGGUGAAUCAGUUUGCCUGCGUGAAGCAUGAAGAUGUGUUCUUGGGCUUGCGAAGACUGUGUGCAUCAUGCAAGCGGCUUUCCCCAGAAGAAGUGGAACCUAUGGCGAAGAAGAUCCGUGGUUUGGGUGAAGAGAUUGUCCAUUUGGAUACGUAUGUCAGAUUGAACUACAUGGGUUUUCAGAUGCUCACGGAGAAGUUUGAUGCUUGCUUGGGAACUUCUGGCAGCCCGCUCUUCGUGUCAGGUCUCCACUGCGAACCUUUUUGCAAUAUUCGUUUCGAUGAUAUCCUGAUUUUGCUUGGUUUGGCAUGGGCGCGCUGGCGUUCAGCCCAAGCACCGGCGGAACAGUCAAAGGAUGCGACGUGGAAACCGCCGGAGAGCUUCAUCAGGAACACUUCGAAAUACUGGGUUCAGCCCGACAAAGUGGUGCUUCUGAAAACACGGAUUGUGGAGCAUUUACCGUAUUUGAUUUUUGGAGCCUCACAGUCGGAGCAAGAAAAGCUUUUAGAACCGUUUGCUCUUCUGGAUCUUGAGUAUAGUGGGGGCAUGGACAGCCAAGCCAUGAAUGCAUACGCGGGCACCAUGGAAGAAUCUCAAUUGUUGAGCUCGGUCUACUUCGACAGCCCGGACGCUAUUAGCUACCAGGAGCGGAUCAGGCGAGAAGAAGGGGCACGAUUGGUGAGGUUUCGAUGGUAUGGCGAGAACAACCAGGAAGAUGACAAAGAGAUAUACAUAGAGAGGAAGAUUCAUCACGAAGGAUGGGGAGGCGCGAAAUCUGCAAAGGAAAGAUGUGUACUUCCACAGUCCGAUGUGUUCGAUUUCAUGAAGGGCAAGUUCGACAUCGAGGCCUAUUUUGCAAAGUUGGCUGCCAAUGGCACCAAGGAGAAGACCAUCAAAGGAAUGAAACCUAUUGCGAUUGAGGUCAACAAAAUGAUUCAAGAAAAGAAGCUGCAGCCAAUUAUUCGAACAUCAUACUACAGAUGUGCGUUCCAGCUGGCAACUGACAACAAAGUGCGCAUUUCACUGGACACCCAGAUGUCGCUGCUGAAUGAAUACCAGGCGAAUGGUCAUCCAAACAAACCAUGGUGCCUUGUUGGGACUGACACCUUGCAGAGAGACGACAUCUAUCGGUUUCCGUAUGCCAUCCUGGAAAUCAAACUCCAGGAUGUGUCAGAAGCACCGCUCUGGCUCCGGCAAACACUCAAUGAUAUUGGGGCUAUCCAAGUCCACAAGUUUUCGAAGUUCCAGCAUGCGAUGGCCUUCCUCCAUCCGCAGCGAGUGCCCAUUCUGCCUCAUUGGCAUCAAGACUUCGAUGAAUGGCACAAAGCCAAGGAGGAAAGGAAGCUGCGUGUAGGCAAAGGCAACCUGUCCGCAAUGCUUCGAAGUGAGCCUGCAGUUGACGACCUUGCUGUGCCCAAUGUGUCGAAGAUCGUGGCACCUCAUGGUGAAGGACACUUCCUGAAGGACAUGGAAAAUCUAGAUCCCAAAGCUGUCUUUGCCAACGAGCGGACUUUGCUGCACUAUGCUGAGAAAGGCAUGUAUGUGGCUGCUGUAGCUGUGGUAGUUCUGCACCAAGGAGGCCGUUACAAGGUCCUUGGUGGGCUGCUAGUGGCGAUGACAGCAGUAUACUAUGUUUGGAUAUUGGUGGCCUACUUUCAGCGGCUUGAUGAGAUCAAAGGACGCUCAAAGGUGGUGAAGAACCGCGAAGCAAGACUUGAUUGGAGCAUCGGGCCGUUGCUGGCAGCCACCAUGGUCUCCGUGGUCCUGGGAUUCUCCUUGUACAAGGGUUGGCACGGCCUUUUGCAGCGUCAUGAGCUGGCGUGA